GAACAAGUGAUGCAAGUAAGAGAGGGAGCAAAAAGAGACGACAGUGAGAAUUCAAGGAUCCUUCGAUUUAGAAAUUGGACCUUUGUUUCACAGAGACGGGAGAGCAAGCCAAAGAAGGUGCUGUUAGCCGAGGACCCAAAGGAUGGAUUAUGCCAUGAAGUCCCUCAGUCUCCUGUCCCCUGCCUCACUCUCCAAGUGUGUGACAGCCAGUGCCUCCAUGACCCAGCAGCUCCUCGUCGGGACUCCUCGGCCUAAGCCCUUCCGGGUCACCAGUGCUGACCGCAGCGUUAAGAAGGGAAUCAUGGCUGAUGGGCUACGAGACCUACUCAACAAGGCCAUGGACUCUCUGCACGUGUCCUGCGUCAGUGCCCUGGUGCUGGAUGAAGACGGGACGGGGGUAGAUACGGAGGAGUUCUUCCUGACCCUGCCAGACAACGCUGUCCUCAUGGUCCUGGAGAAGGGGCAGAAGUGGACACUUCCACAGAACACUCAUCCCCGAAUGCAAAAUGAGCUCAAACACCAGUGCAGGAAAGAUGUGGCUAGAAUAACCUUUGACCUAUACAAGAACAACCCUCAGGAUUUCAUUGGCUGUCUGAAUGUGAAGGCCACCCUGUAUGGCACCUACUCUGUGUCCUACAAUGUGCGCUGCUACGCUGCCAAGAAGAUGCUGAAGGAGGCUCUGAGAUGGACCCUGUUCUCCAUGCAGGCAACAGGCCACGUCCUCCUGGGCUCCUCCUGCUACAUCGAGCAGCUCCUGGAUGAGGAUGACCGGGCAGACCGGAGCCUGCCCCCACUGCCGCAGGACGGCAAGAUCAAACAACUACAGAGCAUCCUGAUGGGCAAGACUGCUGUGAUGGGCAAGAUGGCUGUGAUGGGCAAAACUGUUGUGUGACCUAUCCCAAUACUAUGAACAUACAUCCUUCCCUUCUCCCUUCCUUGAAGUAAUCACCCAUCUAAAUCGAUUUUAAAGGUGAAAGGGAAUGCUACACUACAUAGCUUGCACCUAUCCAGUCAUGGCUGAUUAGUGAUCACUUCAUGGAAAGGAAGAAUGGAUUGUCAGGAUAUUCGAACAGGGCUCUGCUCAGAGAGACACUCUAAAAGAGGGAAUUUACUGUUUGCUAUAAGGAAUGGGUACAGGCAAACUGCAUGACCAAUACCAUGGCACAGUGCUGCAUCACUCUGAUGUCAUGGUUACUGUGGCAGGUACACACCUUUUGGUUAGGUCACUCCUCUCGGUUGAUGUUUGGGACAGGAAAUGCUGUGUUGUCCUACAUUUUGGCUGCGAUCACUUGCACUUUGUUACAUUUUGUCUGUCUAUAUGGCUUGCAACACUCCACAAGCAAAUGCACUUUUCUAUUGCAGUGACUGCUGCUGGACUGUAUCUUAAACUGAUAGAAGGCACUUGGCUUUUUUCAUAUUAUUAAGCAAGAAUAAAUCACAAGAAUAUUAA